GUCCUCCAUUCGGCUGUCAGCUCGGAUUUUUAAUGCUAAUGGUUUCUUCACUGGUAUAAGUGAAUGCGGGAGGAAACCGAAGAUCUUGGAGAAAACCCACGCAGGUCGCGGGGAGAACGUACAAAUUCCACACAGACAGCACCCGAGGUCAGGAUCGAACAGCUCUACCCACUGUGCCGCCCUCUUCCUGUAACCUACCAUACACCUACUAUACCACUCUCGGCAAGCAAAGGCAGUGAUUUGUCAGAGGGUGCUGCUGGAAGAUGUCCACUCCGGACCCUCCGAUGGGAGGCACACCUCGCCCAGGGCCCUCCCCGGGACCAGGCCCCUCGCCGGGCUCCAUGCUGGGCCCCAGCCCCGGCCCCUCACCCGGGUCGGCACACAGUAUGAUGGGCCCCAGCCCUGGGCCUCCAUCCUCUGCUCACUCCAUGACACCUCAGGGACCCGGGGGAUACCCUGCGGAGAGCAUCCAUCAGCUUCAUAAGGCGAUGGAGUCGAUGCACGAGAAGGUGAUGCCCGAGGAUGCGCGCUUCAGUCAGAUGAAGACCAUGGGCAUGAGGCCAGGAGCAAACAGCGGGAUGGGACCACCACCCAGCCCCAUGGACCAGCAUUCGCAAGGUUACCCCUCUCCUCUGGGGGGUCCGGAGCAUGCCCCCAGCCCCGUGCCCGCCAAUGGUCCGCCGUCAGGACCACCCAUGCCCACCGGACCAGGGGGUCUCCCCAUGGAUGGAGGGGAGAUCCAGAGCGUGGGGCAGCAGAACCGUGGACCCUCGCCAUUCAACCAGGGCCAGCUUCACCAGUUGCGGGCACAGAUCAUGGCGUACAAGAUGCUGGCGAGAGGGCAGCCCAUCCCGGACCACCUCCAGCUGGCAGUGCAAGGGAAGAGACCCCCACCUGGGAUGCAGCAGCAGAUGCAGUCUCUACCUCCCCCCUCCAUCCCCGUCACUGGAACAGCAUCUGUCCCCGCACCAGGGAACUACAACAGGCCACUCGGCAUGGCAGGAUCCAACAUGAUGCCCCCUGGAUCUGCUGGGGUCAACCAGGGAAUGCAGUGCCAGCCACCCAGUGGCCCGUGCAAACCCUGGCCGGAAGCUCCCAUGGCCAACGCCACGACCCCCACCACAGCCCCGCAGAAGUUGGCACCCCCACAGGCCACGGGCCGCCCUUCGCCCGCCGCGCCUGCCGUGCCCCCCCGCGCCUCUCCGGUGAUGCCUCCCCAGACGCAGUCGCCGGGGCAACCCGCCCAGCCCCCCCCCAUGGUGCAUCACCACCAGAAGCAGAACCGCAUCACUCCCAUACAGAAGCCUCGAGGCCUCGACCCCGUCGAACUGCUGCAGGAGCGCGAAUACCGGCUGCAAGCACGGAUCUCCCAUCGGAUCCAGGAGUUGGAAAACCUCCCCGGUUCACUGGCAGGAGAUCUCCGCACCAAAGCCACCAUCGAGCUCAAAGCCCUGCGGCUCCUUAACUUCCAGAGGCAGCUGCGCCAGGAGGUGGUGGUGUGCAUGCGGAGGGACACCGCGCUGGAGACGGCGCUCAACGCCAAAGCCUACAAGCGCAGCAAGCGGCAGUCGCUGCGCGAGGCGCGGAUCACAGAGAAACUGGAGAAGCAGCAGAAGAUCGAGCAGGAGCGGAAACGCCGGCAGAAGCACCAGGAAUACCUCAACAGCAUCCUGCAGCAUGCCAAGGACUUCAAAGAGUAUCACCGCUCCAUCACAGGCAAGAUGCAGAAGCUGACCAAGGCCGUGGCCACCUACCACGCCAAUACCGAGCGCGAGCAGAAGAAGGAGAACGAGCGCAUCGAGAAGGAGAGGAUGCGCAGGCUGAUGGCAGAGGAUGAGGAAGGCUACCGCAAGCUGAUCGACCAGAAGAAGGAUCGGCGCCUGGCCUACCUGCUGCAACAGACGGACGAGUACGUGGCCAACCUGACGGAGCUGGUGCGGCAGCACAAGGCAGCCCAGGCCGCCAAGGAGAAGAAAAAGAAAAAGAAGAGGAAGAAGCAGGAAAACGUGGACGGCCUGGGCUCAGUGGUCGGCCCUGACGGUGAGCUGCUGGACGAGACGAGCCAGAUGAGUGACCUGCCGGUGAAGGUGAUCCACCUGGAGAGCGGCCGCAUCCUGUCCGGAGCCGAGGCCCCCAAGGCCGGACAGCUGGACACCUGGUUGGAAAUGAACCCUGGGUACGAGGUGGCCCCCCGCUCCGACAGUGAAGACACUGGGUCUGAGGAGGAGGAAGAAGACACGACAGACUGCGGGCCGCUAAUCCUGUUGGAGGACCGGUCUCGUUCGGGACUGCUGGAAGAGGAAGAGGAGGAGCAGGCCGCCACCUCAGCGUUGCCUUCUGCUCCCGAGGAGCCGAAGAAGAUUCAAGAUCCGGACAGCGAGGAGGUGUACGAGCUGGACGCCAGGCAGAUCAUCGAGAAUGCCAAGCAGGACGUGGAUGAUGAGUACAGCGCGCCGCUCUCCAGUAUACGCGGGCUACAGUCCUACUACGCAGUGGCCCACGCGGUGACUGAGAGGGUGGAUAUUCAGUCCACGCUGCUCGUGAACGGGUUACUGAAACAAUAUCAGGUCAAGGGUCUAGAGUGGCUCGUGUCGCUGUACAACAACAACCUGAAUGGCAUCCUGGCCGAUGAGAUGGGUUUGGGGAAGACCAUUCAGACCAUUGCCCUCAUCACCCACCUCAUGGAGCACAAGCGCAUCAACGGACCAUUCCUCAUCAUCGUGCCUCUCUCAACUCUCUCAAACUGGGCUUACGAGUUUGACAAGUGGGCACCGUCCGUAUCACGGAUCUCCUACAAGGGCUCCCCUGCUGCUCGAAGGGCCUUUAUCCCGCUGCUUCGCAAUGGCAAGUUCAACGUCCUGCUCACCACCUACGAAUAUAUUAUCAAGGACAAGCACGUCCUUGCCAAGAUCCGUUGGAAGUACAUGAUUGUAGAUGAGGGGCAUCGGAUGAAGAACCAUCACUGUAAGCUGACGCAAGUGCUGAACACUCACUACGUGGCUCCACGCCGCCUCCUGCUGACCGGUACGCCGCUGCAGAACAAGCUGCCCGAGCUCUGGGCCCUCCUCAACUUCCUGCUGCCCACCAUCUUCAAAAGCUGCAACACCUUCGAGCAGUGGUUCAAUGCCCCCUUUGCCAUGACGGGCGAGAAGGUCGAUUUGAACGAAGAGGAGACGAUCCUGAUCAUCCGGCGUUUACACAAGGUCCUCCGGCCCUUUCUGUUGCGGCGAUUGAAAAAGGAGGUGGAAGCACAGCUUCCUGAGAAGGUGGAGUACGUCAUUAAAUGCGACAUGUCGGCAUUGCAGAGGGUGCUGUACCGACACAUGCAGGCCAAGGGAGUGCUGCUCACCGACGGGUCGGAGAAGGACAAGAAGGGCAAAGGCGGCACCAAGACUCUGAUGAACACCAUUAUGCAGCUGAGGAAGAUUUGCAACCACCCGUACAUGUUCCAGCAGAUUGAGGAAUCCUUCUCAGAACACCUGGGAUUCACAGGAGGCAUUGUGCAAGGGGCUGACCUUUACCGGGCCUCGGGAAAGUUUGAGUUGCUGGACCGGAUCCUCCCCAAACUGCGGGCGACGAACCACAGAGUGCUGCUCUUCUGCCAGAUGACCUCGCUCAUGACCAUCAUGGAAGACUACUUCGCCUACCGCAGCUUCAAGUAUCUCCGGCUGGAUGGGACGACCAAGUCUGAGGACCGUGGGAUGCUCCUGAAGACCUUCAAUGAGCCCAACUCGCACUACUUCAUCUUCUUGCUGAGUACGCGGGCGGGGGGCCUGGGCUUGAACCUGCAGGCCGCUGACACCGUCGUCAUCUUCGACAGCGACUGGAACCCGCACCAGGAUCUGCAAGCUCAGGAUCGUGCUCACCGCAUCGGGCAGCAGAAUGAGGUGCGUGUGCUGAGGCUCUGCACCGUCAACAGCGUGGAGGAGAAGAUCCUGGCCGCGGCCAAGUACAAGCUCAACGUGGACCAGAAGGUCAUCCAGGCGGGCAUGUUCGACCAGAAGUCGUCCAGUCAUGAGCGGCGAGCCUUCCUGCAGGCCAUCCUGGAGCACGAGGAGCAGGAUGAAUCCGAGGUUGUGGCAGCGGAGGUGAAAGGAUCGGAAGGACAAGCUGAAGAAGACGAGGUUCCUGAUGAUGAGACGGUGAACCAGAUGAUAGCCAGGCACGAGGAGGAGUUCGACCUGUUCAUGCGUAUGGACCUGGACCGGAGGCGUGAGGACGCCCGCAACCCGAAGCGGAAGCCGCGGUUGAUGGAGGAGGAUGAGCUGCCUAACUGGAUCCUGAAGGACGAUGCGGAGGUGGAGCGCUUGACCUGUGAGGAGGAGGAGGAGAAGAUGUUCGGCCGAGGCUCACGGCAGCGCAAGGAGGUGGACUACAGCGACUCUUUAACCGAGAAACAGUGGCUCAAGGCCAUAGAAGAGGGCAACCUGGAGGAGAUUGAGGAGGAGGUGCGGCAGAAGAAGGCCCGCAAGCGCAAGCGUGACGUGGACCCCCCGGUGGUCAUGGCGACCACCAGCACACGCAGCCGGGACAAGGAUGACGACGACAAGAAGAAGAAGAAGCGUGGCCGUCCGCCCGCCGAGAAGCUGUCCCCAAACCCGCCCCACCUCACCAAGAAGAUGAAGAAAACGGUGGAGGCCGUCAUCAAAUACAAGGACAGUAGUACUGGCCGACAGCUCAGUGAAGUUUUCAUUCAACUCCCAUCCCGCAAGGAGCUCCCAGAGUAUUACGAACUCAUCCGCAAACCGGUCGACUUCCGGAAGAUCAAGGAGCGGAUCCGUAACCACAAGUACCGCAGCCUCAACGACCUGGAGAGAGACGUGAUGCUGCUGUGUCAGAACGCACAGACCUACAACCUGGAGGGUUCGCUGAUCUAUGAAGAUUCCAUUGUGCUGCAAUCCGUUUUUACCAGCGUGCGGCAAAAAAUUGAAAAGGAAGAAGACAGCGAGGAUGAUAGUGAGGAAGGAGAGGAGGAUGAAGAGGAAGGAUCCGAGUCAGAAUCUCGGUCGGUGAAAGUGAAGAUUAGGCUGGGCCGGAAGGAGAAGAGCCUGGAUCGAGUGAAGGGGCGGAAACGCUCUAGUCGUGCAUCAAAGUCCAAACCUAUUGUAAGCGAUGAUGACACGGAGGAGGAAGUGGAUGAGGAACGGUCCGGAACUGGUACAGAUGAAGAUUAAUCUCAGGAUGACAUUCCGUGUUGGGAUCUACACUGGGGCUUGUCCUUCCUUCUGAGAGUGACUGUGCGAUGUUCUCGUACCCGUGUCCAGCUAGCAGUGUAGUGUACGUUCUUAGUAUACGAUGUGAUCUUGCAUAUUUAUAACAGCAGAGCAGAAGGCAUGUAGGAUUAUCAACUUUAGUGUCUCGCUGUCUUGAGGCUGGUCGUGUUCACAAUGGCAUUAAUGGCACAGUCUUUUCCACGUUGCCAUUCAUUGUGCAGGAUGCGUUAACUCUUAGUCACAGCUGCUAACUCCAAGCAUCUAAACCCUCCCUCCUCCUACCUUUUUGUUUCCCACCGAGUUUCCCCGCACUGUGUAAUACAUAGUCCAUCUGGUUAAUUGUUAUAUUAAUUAAAUUAACCAGAUUGGGUUGAAUCUGGGAGCUUGACACUAACUCACAGUUAACUCAUCGCUGGUUGAUGCACAAGAAAUGACAACGUGAAAAAGGCUGGCCAGGAAAAGAACAAAAACUCAUGAAUUUGGGAAUACUUGAUUUUUUUUUAGAGGUUUAUUUUUGUUUCUUCUCUCCGUGCGAGCGCAGUCGGUCACAUGCAGUCCUAGCCUCGUUGUAUGGUGACAUGUGUAAGCAUGUGUGUAGGAAUUCAUUGCCAUCACUGUACUGUAUUUUAAACAGGUCAAUCCCACCCAUCUCUGCAGAGCCCGAGGGAAUUCUGUACUGUCAUUAUCACUGGACUACAAUAAAAUAAAUACUUGACUGUG